AUGCUGCCACUGCCCCUUCCGGCUGUCAAAGCCUCGACGACCUGCGCUGCUGCCGCUGUCUCUUCUGGCUGUCAAAGCCUCGAUGACCUGCUCUCCUCCCACUGCCCCUUCUGGCUGUCAAAGCCUCAACAACCUGCGCUGCUGCCACUGCCCCUUCUGGCUGUCAAAGCCUCGAUGACCUGCUCUCCUCCCACUGCCCCUUCUGGCUGUCAAAGCCUCAACGACCUGCGCUGCUGCCACAGCCUCUUCUGGCUGUCAAAGCCUCGAUUACUUGCGGUGCUCCCCCUGCCUCUUCUGGCUGUCAAAGCCUCAACGACCUGCGCUGCUGCCGCAGCCUCUUCUAACUCUCAAAGCCUCGAUGACCUGCGCUGCUGCCGCAGCCCCUUCUUGCUGUCAAAGCCUCGAUGA